AGUAAAUGAUGUUAAUGUGAUUGUUUACUAGAUUGCAUUUUAGGUGUAGUUUGUUUUCUCCAGGAAGUGAACACUAAGGGUUUAUUUCAGUAAUUGAAUGCUCGCGGAAGACCUCGCUUGAUAGUCCUGCCGCAGUGUUUUGCCGCGCUCGAGCGCAGCGGAGUUCGUAAUCUGACGCGACAGAAGCGCGCACUGUCUCAAUGGACGUGAAGUAAAGCCGUCAAACCGCGCCCGACGGGACUAACCACGCGUGAUAUAACACCUAAGAGAGGUCGAACUGUUACCUAUAUGUUGUUUUGAAAGCAUUUCGCCUAUGGCAAAUCGGGAAAAGAACAAAAAGACACUUCUAGAGUUGGCGAAGCUGCCAGAGAAUAGCUGCUGUGCUGACUGUGGAGCUGCAGAUCCAGAUUGGGCUUCAUACACACUUGGAAUAUUUGUGUGUUUAAACUGUUCUGGCACUCAUCGUAAUCUCUCUACUAUAAGCCGUAUCAAGUCUAUACGCUUAGACUUCUGGGAUGAUGAGCUUGUGCAGUUCAUGAAGUCCAAUGGAAAUCGUGCUGCCAAAAACUUCUAUGAGAAAUAUGUCCCAGUCUUUUAUUAUCAGCCCCAACCAGACGAUUGCGAGGUCCUCAGAGAACAAUGGAUUCGAGCCAAAUACGAAAGAAAGGAGUUUACAGAGGAAAAAACUGAGAGACCUUACACAGCAGGUGUCUAUGAGGGCAUGCUGUGGAAGAAAGGAAAGGAUAAUGGACAGUUUCUCGAGAGGAAGUUUGUCCUUUCAGUGCAUGAUUUUACCCUCAAAUACUACAAGGAGGAUGAAUCUAAGGGACCAAAGGCUACUAUUUCUGUGAAGGGCCUGAACGCAACCUUCCAGCCUGAGAAGAUAGGACAUGCUCACGGCCUUCAGAUCACCUACUCUGUGGAUGAUCACACCAGAAACCUUUUUGUUUAUCAUAAAAAUGGAUGGGAGAUUGUCAAUUGGUUUAAUGCCAUUAGAGCCAUUCGCCAUGUCUACCUGAAAACAGCCUUUCCUACAGCUAGCGAUGGAGAUCUAAUACCAUGGAUAACCAGAAGCUAUUUAAAAGAGGGUUACAUGGAGAAGACUGGCCCACUGCAGCGAGAGCCUUUCAAGAAACGAUGGUUUAUUUUGGAUUCCCUGGACAGGAAACUACUCUAUUUUAAAACACAGCUGGAUGCCAUUGAGCUUGGGGUAGUUUUCAUUGGCUCAGAGAACCACGGAUAUUCAGUGAGAGAGUGUGUCCCUAAAGGGACGAGAGGAAACAAAUGGAAGUGUGGGGUAAUUGUGGAAACUCCUGAUCGGCAGUUUGUCUUCAUGUGCGAGCAGGAGCGCGAUCAGAGAGAGUGGGUGGAGGCCCUAAAAACCGUCAUUUCCAAACCCAUGAUGCCGCAAGAUUACACCACUGAAGCCAAUAUCCGCAGACGGAGGUGAAGACCGUGACUGGAUGGCACAAUAAGCUCAGACUCUGUCACUAAAUCUAUUUGAAAUGAACUCUGACACGCUAGGUUACUCUAGGGUUAAAACAUUUGAGUCCUAGGCACUCAAAGGGAACCGUGGAAGAAUGUGACUUCUUUGGGGGGCAUUGUUUCCUAACAAGCAGUUUUAAAAAAGUCUCUCUUGGUGCAUUUUGGGAUGUGAAACCAAUCUGAGAAGACUGCAGUAGGUCAGAUGAGGACAGACUGACUGGUUAAACUCUCCGAGGAGCACAAAGGUUAUGACUGCAUCUGAAGAUGGAUAAGAUCUGGGCUCUCGAUUCAAGUAGAAACAAGCCUUGACCAAGAUGAGAAUCUGUUCCUAGUGAGAGGUCAAUCAGACUCGCAUGUGACUGUGAGUCCACUUGCAGGAGCUGAGACACCAAAUAGAAGCAAAACACAUAGGAAUUAUGGUUGUACAGAAAUGGACACAUGAAGUGUGUGAUGAAAAUGCUAAUCGUAAAACACCUGGGUUUCAUAAACUGACAUUUGACCAGCUUUUAUUUUGGGAUAAUCAUAUGGGCGACUGAAUAAAGCUGACUUGUUUUGAUGUU